AUGGAGAAACGACGCCAAGUGGCGGAAGAGUCUAAAGCGAAUCGACAGAAGCUGGCUGAAGAAGCUGCGGCGAUUGACGAUGGUGAUCAUGCCGUUUUGGACGACCUCUUGGAGAAGCUGCGCAAUGGCGAAAGUGCGGGUCGGAAAGCUCGGCGAAAUCGCAGCACCGUCUCUCGACCGCCGCCACCGUUGGCGUUGAGCGCGGACGCACUUCUUGGGACCGCGCCAUCGGGCAACGACACGGUCGACAUCGCCAAAGACAUGCUCGCCCGUUUGAAGUCCGAUGGUUUCGAAACUGUGCCGCCUGUCUCGCAGAGCACGUCCUCAUCGCAGACUGCUCGUCGUUCGAGACGGAGACAAGAGUCUCAUUCAUUUGAUAGCAUAGGGUAG